AUGACUAGCCCCGGCGGCGCCGCUCUCCUGCGGCACGCUGCCGUCGCCGUGCUCCGCACAGCGGAGGCCGCCGGCAAGGUUUCCGCAGGCAUGGCAAUCCACGCGCGGAUGGUUAGAUCCACCCAUUUCGACGUCAUCCUGCAUAACCACCUCAUUUCCUUCUAUGUCAAGUGCGGCCGCCUCGGCCUUGCGCACCAGGUGUUCGACGCAAUGCCCUUCCGGAACCCGGCCUCCGGGAACCUCCUCAUGUCCGGCUACGCUUCCUAUGGGCGCCACGGGGAUGCUCUCGCUCUGCUCAGGGCGGCCGACUUCAGCCUGAACGAGUACGUUCUGUCGACCGCCGUGUCCGCGACGGCCCAUGUCCGGAGCUAUGACAUGGGGAGGCAGUGUCACGGACAUGCUAUCAAGUCUGGGCUGUCGGACCACCCCUACGUCUGCAAUGCGGUUCUGCAUAUGUACUGCCAGUGCGCGCAUGUGGAGGAUGCAGUUAAGGUGUUCGAGAGUGUAUCCGGUUUCAACGCGUUCGUGUUCAACUCGAUGAUAAAUGGGUUUCUUGAUAAGGGGAAGUUUGAUGCUUCGGUCAGUAUUGUGAGAAGCAUGGUUCGAGAAGUUGAGCAGUGGGAUCAUGUGUCGUAUGUCGCAGUUCUUGGGCAUUGUGCUAGCACCAAGGAGUUGCUGCUUGGUCGUCAAGCGCAUGCCCAAGCGUUGAAGAGGAGGCUCGAGCUGAAUGUGUAUGUUGGCAGCGCGCUGGUUGAUAUGUAUGGGAAAUGUGACUGUGCCUGUGAUGCUCAUUCUGCGUUCGAGGUUUUGCCGGAAAAGAAUGUUGUUUCUUGGACAGCUGUUAUGACUGCUUAUACCCAAAACGAGCUGUUUGAAGAGGCGCUGCAGUUGUUCUUAGACUUGGAAAUGGAAGGAGUCCGGCCAAAUGAGUUCACUUAUGCUGUGGCUCUCAACAGUUGUGCUGGUCUUGCAGCCUUGAAAAAUGGCAAUGCACUUGGUGCCUCUGCUAUGAAAACUGGGCAUUGGGGUGCUCUAUCUGUCUGUAAUGCCCUCAUUAACAUGUACUCCAAAAGUGGCAGCAUCCAGGAUGCAUGGAGAGUCUUCCUUUCUAUGCCAUGCCGUGACGUGGUCUCUUGGAAUUCCAUCAUAAUAGGCUAUGCUCAUCAUGGUCUUGCUAGAGAAGCCAUGUGUGUAUUUCAUUAUAUGUUGGUUGCUGAAGAAUCCCCAUCUUAUGUCACCUUUGUUGGGGUGCUGUCAGCUUGUGCUCAGUUGGGUCUUGUAGAUGAAGGAUUGUACUACUUGAAUACUAUGAUGAAGGAAAUGGGAAUAAGACCUGGAAAAGAGCACUACACUUGUAUGGUUGGUUUGCUGUGCAGAGCUGGACGACUAGAUGAGGCGGAACAAUUCAUAUUGAGUAAUUAUAUCGGGGCAGACGUUGUUGCAUGGAGAUCACUUUUAGGUUCUUGCCAGGUAUAUAAAAACUAUGGUCUUGGUCAUCGAGUAGCAGAGCAGAUCCUUCAGUUGAAGCCCAGUGAUGUAGGAACCUAUGUUUUGCUUUCUAACAUGUAUGCAAAAGCAAACCGAUGGGAUGGUGUUGUCAAGGUGCGGAAGCUGAUGAGAGAGGGUGUUAGAAAAGAGCCUGGUGUUAGUUGGAUUCAAGUAGGAAGUGAGGUCCAUGUUUUCACAUCAGAGGACAAGAAUCACCAAUGGAUAAACCAGAUCACCAGAAAACUCAAAGACUUGAUAGAUCAGAUUAAAGUGAUUGGAUAUGUUCCAAAUUUUGGGGUUGUCCUACAUGAUAUUGAGGAUGAGCAAAAGGAGGAGCACCUUAUGUAUCACAGCGAGAAAAUGGCUCUUGCAUUUGGCCUUAUUCACAGUCCCGAAGGAGCAACUAUCCGUAUAAUGAAAAAUCUUAGGAUAUGUGAUGAUUGCCAUGUUGCUAUCAAACUCAUAUCACUUGUGACAGCAAGAAGAAUAGUUGUAAGGGAUACCGUUCGCUUUCAUUGUAUAGAAGAUGGAGUAUGCUCAUGUGAUGACUAUUGGUGAUCCAUAUCUUGGUUAUCAAAAGCUGGUAACAAAGCUACUUGAAUCGGCUCCAGAUCACACGUGAUGCUAUGGACAUCAACAUGGGUCACUUGCUCGCUACUCCUCUGCUCUCUCCUUCCCUGCCGCUCAGGUCUACCUGGCAGCUGCCACGAAGACGCUGGAGGCCGCACUGGU